AAAAAAGGAGUGUUUUUUCUGUUGAUUUAUUUCAUAUGGGAAUUUUAGUAUUAGUAAAUACUUCAACUUUAAAAGAGCCUGACAAAAACAAAAAGUGGGCAAAACCAUUGGAUUCAGUGACCCUUUUGUUGCUUAUACUGCUCUUUUGUUUUUACUUGUGUUUCCUGUUCUUGAUAUUGUUUGGAUUUUUUUCAAGAUUUCAUCUGAUUUUUAGCUUUUGGGGUUUCAUCAAAAGUGAAGUUUGAGCUCUAUAUUUGUUGAAAGAUUGUUCUUUUUUUGUCUGAUUUGAGUUCUUGAUAUGCUUUUUAGUUCUGUAAGUUCACUGAAAAAAUUGUUUCUUUCUGGACUUGUGAUUUGGUAGAGAGCUCCAAGACUUAAUAGUAUAAAGGGUUCUUUAAAUUUGCUUCAAAUUUUGUUGGGCCAGGGGUUUUUAUAGAUUCUUAGCUAGAAAUGUGGGAAAGGUGAUAAUUUUUGGUAUCUUAGUAUAUCCCUUUGUACUUGAAUUUGCUGCACUCGAGCUGAGGAUCUUUCAUCUCUCAGAAACAACUACCUCCACGAGAUAGUGAUAAGGUCUGCCUACACUCUAUUCUCCCCAGACCCCACUUGUGGAAUUUCGCGGUUCUUGAAAGUGGAAAAAGUUGUUAUUUUUGGUCUAAUAUACAAGAAAUCCAUUAGGAUUUUGGGGGUUGAAUUCUUUAUGAUCAUGGAGAAACAGGUUAGUUUCCAGGGUGCAACAAUGGAAAAACAGCAAAGUUUUCGAAACGGGGCAAUGGAGAAACAGAAGAGCUUUAGGGGAAUAAUGGAAAAACAGAAAAGUUUUAGGAUAGCAAUGGAGAGGCAAAUGAGUUUUGGUGGUGAGAGGAAAAGGGGUAAGGAUUCACCGGGGAAACGAGGGGAUUCCCCGUUGCAUCUUGCAGCUAGAGCUGGAAAUUUAGGAAAGGUGAAAGAAAUUGUUCAGAAGUUUGAUGAAAAAGGCAUAAAAGACUUGUUAUGUCAGCAAAACCAAGAGGGUGAGACUGCUUUAUAUGUUGCUGCUGAGAAUGGUCAUUGUUUGGUUGUUGCAGAGUUCUUGAAACAUUUAGACCUUGAAAUUGCUUCUAUUGUGGCAAAUAAUGGUUAUGAUACACUUCAUGUUGCAGCAAGGCAGGGUCAUCUUGAUGUACUACAGGAACUGCUGCAUUCCUUUCCAAACUUAGUCAUGACCACAGAUUCGUCCAAUUCUACGGCAUUACAUACUGCAGCUGCACAGGGACAUAUUCAUGUAGUAAAUAUGCUUCUGGAGAUUGAUUCUAACCUUGCUAAGAUAGCUCGGAACAACGGAAAGACUGUGCUCCAUACAGCAGCAAGAAUGGGACACUUGGAGAUAGUUAGAUCCGUUCUUAGCAAGGAUCCUGAGAUUGGCUUUAGAACAGAUAAAAAAGGCCAGACUGCCUUGCACAUGGCUGCAAAGGGACAAAAUGUUGACAUCGUGCUCGAAUUAAUCAAACCAAAUCCUGCUGUUUUGGCCUUGGAAGAUAACAAAGGAAACACAGCACUUCAUAUUGCAACAAGAAAGGGACGGAUACAGAUGGUACAAUGUCUUAUAUCAAUUGAGGGCAUUGAUCUUAACACCCUUAAUAAGGCUGGAGAAACAGUUCUUGAGAUUGCAGAAAAGUUUGGAACUCCGGAGCUUGUUUCUAUUUUGAAAGAAGCCGGAGCUACCCAUUCCAAAGAUCAUGGGAAGCCACCCGGUCCUGCAAAGCAACUCAAGCAGUCUGUCAGUGACAUAAAACAUGAUGUGCACUCCCAGCUCCAACAGAGUCAGCAGACUGGCUUCAAAGUACGAAAAAUUGCAAUGAAGGUGAAGAAGCUCCACAUUAGUGGUCUUAACAACGCCAUCAACAAUGCAACGGUUGUUGCUGUCCUUAUUGCUACUGUUGCUUUUGCUGCUAUCUUCACUGUACCUGGCCAAUAUGUUGAAAAUGAAACAGAUGGAUUUUCGCUUGGAGAAGCACACAUAGGGAGAAAAGCAGCAUUCAUAAUCUUCUUCUUGUUUGACAGUAUGGCAUUGUUCAUUUCGGUUGCUGUUGUUGUGGUCCAGACGUCUGUUGUCGUGAUUGAACAGAAAGCAAAGAAACGACUCAUGUUUUGGAUAAACAAGCUAAUGUGGGCAGCUUGUCUCUUCAUCUCAGUCGCCUUUAUCUCUCUUAGUUAUGUGGUAGUUGGAGCUAAGGAAAGAUGGCUUGCUGUGUAUGCAACUGUGGUUGGUUGCAUAAUAAUGCUCACUACAUUUGGCUCCAUGUGCUAUUGUGUGGUUCAACAUAGGCUAGAAGAAUCGAGGUUGAGGAACAUUCGAAGAACUGAGACUAAUUCACGUUCUUUCCCAUUGUCUGUGGCAUCAGAUCCAGAGCUAUGCAGUGAGAACUACAAGAGGAUGUAUGCAGUAUAGGUAGAAUAAUCAGGCAGCUGUCUGCCUAUGGCAUCAAACGCAGAGCUCGGUAACUGAAACUACAAGCGAUUAUAUGUAAUUCUCAACCAUGAAGUUCAACAACACUGACAUGGGAUCAGAUUUAGAAUGGUGAAAGUAUGGAAGGGAUCUAUACGGUUCAGGAACAAAUGAGUAGAAAGUUUCAAUAGAUUGACAAUAAUAUCGGAGCGAUAUCAGUCGCUGCAGCAUCUUUCUUGGAAGUUCAAAAUGAAGCAUUAGUGUACAUAGAUUGCAACUUGGUGACAAGAAUGUGGGGAUGGCUGCUAUUUAUUUUUAUGCUUAUAUACCUGAUCAACUUCUAAGUUCAUCAAACAAAAUGGUGUCAUUGUAUAAUUUAUGAUAACUUUUUUUUCCAUCAUCAUGGAAGUUCCAUCUUUUUCAGCUG